AGGUGGAGAAAAGAGAGAGUGGGCGGAAGGCUCAUUGACGAGAUUGCCGAAACGUGGAAGAGAAUUGGGACCGACUUGAUAUUCAACUUUUCUCAAGAUGAAGUGCACGAAGGCCCAAACGCGCAGAGAGAGAUAGGGAGACUGCGGCUUGUGGAUGAUGCGAAGAGUUGGUCGCUUCCUUCGAUUCCCCGCAGAGUCCAGCUUUUCAUUUUGGAGAGUCUCUUCUUCCUAUUCCUCCUCUUUCUCUUGCGGUGCCAACCAGUGGAUAAAGGAUACUUGCUCUCAGAGACCACCCACCUCGCCAGCAAAAAUUGAAGUAUCUCUGUGAUCGUUCUCCUCUCUCUGGGGUUGUUGAUUUUCUGCUAAGCGCGUCCCAUCAAUGAAGGAUGCACCCAUGAGGUUUGUGAUAGCGGAGCUGUUCCUUCAAUGUGGUGAAAGAGAUGGGAGCGGCAGAUGAACGCCAGAAGGACUAUUACAAGGUUCUGGAAAUUGAUUAUGAUGCAACUGAUGAGAAAAUCAGACUAAGUUAUCUAAGGCUUGCUUUGAAGUGGCAUCCUGACAAGCACAAAGGUGAUAAAGGUGUCACAGCAAAAUUUCAAGAGAUAAAUGAAGCUUAUAGAGUUCUAAGUGAUCCUUCCAAACGCUUAGAUUAUGACAUCGCAGGGAACUAUGAUAUUGAGAGAUACACAUUAAGUGAGUAUCUUAGUCGAUUCAAGGGAAUGAUACUAACUUGCAAUGGCCUUGGUAUUGGUGAUGCUUCACUAUGGGGCCAACAGCUAAGUGAGAAAGCAGACUUUGCUGAUUAAUGAGUCAGAACAGAUGAAACACUCCGAAUGGGAGUUUGUUAUGUGAAAAGAAGAAAAUUGAAGGCAUCAAGUCAGACGCAUUACAACUCAAUAUUCAUAAAUUUGAUCUGGAAUUGCUAGAAUCUUAUAUGUUGUAUAGAAUCUGAUUUGGAUAUGUAAAUGGGUUUACUGUCUAGAACGUACAUGGAAAACAGAUCAUAGAGUUCUUUGUGUGAUGUCAUAUUUGCAGCCUGUGAUACAAAUUUUCACUCAAAGAGCAGGGUAGAUAAUCGUUAGAAGUCGGUUAUUUUAUUAAAUUGACAGACUUGUGAACAUUGGACAAGUUUGCAGAAAGGGGACUGCUGGAACAGUCUUAUCAAUCAUAACUUCAUUGUGAAUGAAUUCGAUAGUCCCAGAAAAAUGGUUUUCCCUAAGUUUUCCAUCAUGACAAUGAAAAUUAUAGUUUGUGUGUUGAAGGAUUGGAAACUGUAAGUUCCUGCCUGUUGUUGGGCUGUUUUUAGGAUUCAAACUUUCGUGACCUGGACAUGGUUUUGGAAAUGUCUGAUGGAUUUCCGUGAUAUGUUCUUUGAAUAGUAGCUAUGCUAAGAAAGAUGAAGUAGCGUUUGGUUAUUCCUCUAGUUUUUCUGUUUUGUUUCAUUCUGUAACUCCAUGUUGCUUUAAGAUCGUGUCAGAAUCAGUUACUCUGAGCAAGAUCUGUGUCAACAGCUAUACCAAUCUGAAUGGACAUGAAUUGCCUUCAAAUGGCAUCUGGAAUUAUCUGAAUCUGGUUGGAGCAGACCGGAAGAUAUUUUAGAUGAACCUUGAGUCUAGUGCAGUCCAUACUUGCAUGGUCUGGUAGCACCGUUGAGAUCUAUUAGACAUGGAGCCUGAGAAUUAUGAUUGGUCUUUGUCAUUAUAAGUUUCCCGUGUUGCAGGAGCAUUUUUCUCUCUAAUUCUGUUCUUUUCUUCUUGUAACUCGAUCCUACUAAUCUAUAUCUUUAAAACAUUUUCUU